AUGGCAGUCAACUAUUCGGAUUGUUUGAGUCCAUACGAUAAUAAGGGAAAAGUGGGAAUGCCUGAAAUAUUUGAUAAAGAAGAAGAUAUUGAAAGGAAAUGUGGGCAAAUGGCUGAAUGGAUUCAAGAAGCAAAGCAUCUUUUGGUGAUCACGGGAGCCGGGAUCAGCACAUCUGCCGGUAUUGCCGACUUUCGUGGACCGAAAGGCGUGUGGACUCUAGAGAAACAGGGAAAGAAUCCUGAAUCGAUCGAUUUCUGCUCAGCUCUUCCCACCUACACUCAUCACGCACUAAAACGCCUAGAAGAACACGGAUUUCUAAGCUAUUUAGUCUCACAAAAUGUGGACGGAUUGCAUUUGAGAUCAGGAUUCCCGCUAAAUCGACUCGCUGAGCUUCACGGAAAUGUUUUUGCCGAGCAAUGUAUUAAAUGUAGAAGACGAUACUACCGAACAACUCCAGUUGAAUCUUUCUGUCUACGGCCUACGGGAAAUUUUUGUGAAGGGACGCCAAGAGGUCGCCCGUGUCGUGGCGCUCUCCACGAUAUGACUCUCGAUUGGGAACACGAUUUACCUGAACCGGAUUUCACGACCUCUUCCACUUGGGCUCAAGUAGCCGAUCUGUGCAUCUGUCUGGGCACUAGCCUUCAAAUUGUCCCCGUAGUUAAUUCGAUUUUCAAAGCACAAUUCGAUCAGGAAAGGAAAGUCGAUUUGGCGAUUCACGCUCGAGUAGAUGAAGUGAUGAAAAAAGUGAUGAUGAGGCUUGGACUUGAUACGGUGAAGAGCGAAGGGGAUGGAGAUGAUGGAGAUGGAGAUGUUUGUGUGAAACGAGAAGAGGAUUUUGUGAUGAAAUCAAAACGUCCACUAGAGAAUCUGAAGACAUUGUUGAAGGAAAAGACAAAACGAAAGAGAAAACAUUCGGAGGGAAAUGAGCUUUCUUUGACAGCUCCAGAAAUGAAACCCGAAACAACAGCCGAGAUUUCUAACAACGCAAGCUUGAAUGAUGUUAAAUAUGAU